AUGUCAAUUGGCAAAUUAGAAACGUUUGACCUUGGCAAGGACAGUUGGGACUCAUACAUUGAUCGUUUGGAGCAGUAUUUUGUGGUCAACGAUGUUAAGGAGGCGUUGAAAGUAGCAACCUUGAUUACAGUUAUUGGCAGUGAAGCUUAUGAGCUACUGGUGAAUCUGUGCACCCCAGCUAAACCAUCGAGCAAGACUUACAGUGACCUUGUGUCAAUAAUGAAAGGUCAUAUACAACCCAAGCCCAGUAUUUUAGCACAACGUUAUAUUUUUCGGCAACGUUCACAACGAAGGGACGAAAGUAUUGCGGAGUACGUGGCAGAGUUAAAGAAAUUAACUAAACACUGUGGAUUUACAUCGCAGAAUUUAUCAGAAAACUUACGCGAUCAGUUCGUAUGCGGCUUAUCAAAUGAUAGCAUCAGACAGCGGCUGUUCACAGAGGAGGACAUCGGGUUCGAAAGAGCAUAUAAAUUAGCUAUCAGCAUGGAAGCCGCCGAGGCGAAUGCAGCAAUCGUAGAAAAUCGUACAAAGAGAUGCGAACAAUUUACCCCGCCAAACGAGUCAGCUGUGCAUAAGGUGUUAUCAGUGAAAGAUAACGGGCGGCGCGGGGAGUCGCAGCGCAGCAGAGGCGGGAGCGGCGGCGCGGCCAGCUAUAAUGGCCGGCCGAGCGGUCGCAUAGUGCGCGGCGCGAACCCGGCAGCGAUCGGCGCUGGAGUAAACAACAACAAUAGAAACCGAGCUGGCAUUGUUAAAAUGAAGAGUUUGGCGCGAAGUGUGAUGUGGUGGCCGGGCAUCGACGCAGACAUCGAAGCAGCGUGUCGCGAGUGCGCCGUGUGCGUCGCUGAGAGCCCCGCACCCCCGCGCGCCCCGCCGCAGCCCUGGCCACAUGUCGCAGAGCCUUGGUCUAGGUUGCACCUAGAUUUCCUAGAAUCUGUUUCGGAGAGUGAGUCAGCCGAGACGCUAGACGGGGACAUUGAGAACCCGGGCGAUAGUCGAGUGCAGGCUCCUUCGACGAGCGAUGGCGGCCAAUCCUCCAACCCGACCGUCCCGCUCGCUGCCGCUCGGCGUCCUGGUCUUAGACCUAGAGAUAUGCUCCGAUCCGUUACGAGAUACGGUUUCGAAAUCGAUUGA